AUGGGAAACACUUGUGGAUGCUGCACAGCAGAGGAGGAUGCCAAAAAAGAUUCAGAGUUAGAUAAGUAUAUCAAGACUCACCACAUUUUGAAAUACCCUCAUAAGUGCCCUAAGUUAAUGAAACAGGAUUAGCUACUUAAACUAGACUGCUAGGAUUAUUACAAGACUCAUAAAUGUAAUGUCAACAUGGAGAUACUCGAUGAAAAAUCUAAGAAAUAAGAUAUUUAAUCUCCAGAGACUAUAGAUACUGCUCUUUUAGAGGAGAUAAGUCAACUAUCAAAUGCUUUGACAAAUGAUCAUAAUGAAGAUAAAGGCACUGAUUAAAGUAAAGUAAAUUAGAGAAACAAGGAUCAACUCUUAGAGGAAAAAAAGAUUGUAGACUAUGUUGAUGUCAAAUUAUUCGGAGAGUAUGGUACAGGAGGUAAACCUUUGAAGAUAAAACCUACUAACCCAUAUCUUGAGAUCGAUUUGAUAGAUCCAAAUGAUCCUGUACUCUAUGAAGGUGAAGUUUAGAAGUAUAAGCCUGGAUUCUAGGCUCAGUUUAUUGACAGAUGGAUUCAAGUAACAGCAAAGGCUUUUAGGUAUUUUGUGAGUAAACCUGCCAAGGAUUGUCCUAUAAUCAAACCUUUAUUAGCUAUUCCGAUGCUAGGUGUAAAGGCAUGUGAAAUAGUAAACUAUACUUUGCCAAUUAAGAAGAAAGAUCUGAAAGGCUAGGAGUUGGCUAAGCAUUAAUUUGAGUUGUUCUUAAAAGAAGACUUUGUGAAGUAUUAUCUCUCAUCUAUUUAUGAGAAGCAUUUCUCUCCAGAUGGAAAGAGAAUCAACACAGGCAUCCAAUUUUUAGAGAGAAAUGAAGGCAAGAAAAAGCAGUUCUCACCUUCAAAGAAAGGCAUAUAGUUAGAUUUAAAAGAGAAGUACAUGAAAGAAGAAGAAAAUCUACUUGAAGAGCCUUUGCAACAUGCAGCAAUGAAUACCUUAAAUACUCAUUACGGUGCUUGGACAAAUAGAGAAGAAAUGUGGAUAUUAGAGGACAGAAGACUUCUUUUCGCAACAAAGACUGAUUACACUUCAGAUGAGUGGGCAUAGUGUAUCAGUUCUGUCUGUAAGGAAUCAGAAGAUCCCAAUUAUGCACCCUCCUUUUUAAAGAAUGAUGUUGAAAAUGAAUGA